AAACCAUCUCGAGGAUCCAUCAUCCAUGUCGACAAAACCGCAAAAGGAAGGACUGAGCGAUGGAAUUGGUUAUGGGGAGUAUAGGACCGAAGCCUAUGGUGGCUGCUAACGUUGUACGGCAAUCGUACCCGAUGAUAGCAUCAAUCUGCGCUGGCGUCAAAUCGCGGGGUCGAUGAGGUAGGUCCCGCAUGCUACUAAACGCGUACUUAUCACAGAUUUGGAGAGCUCUGGCGUUGUCAGGGUAAAGACGAUUGAUAAUCUGUUACUAGAGUAGUCUGCCUCCCACCUGCCUGCUUGCCCGUCGCCAGUUGGGGGAAAUAUGUUUAAUCGUCUGCCCCGCCACUGCUGCUGCUCUCCCACAGCUUCUUCAUCUUUCCUACCUCGACUCUCCUUCCCACAGGUCCGGCCGCUCCCUCGCGUGGUAACCCCAACAAAGAGCUACACAGCAUCAAGAACGUACAGCAUCAUGUCUGACCUGUUCGUGGAGCUCAAGACUCCCAAUGGCAAGACUUAUAAGCAGCCACGGGGUCUCUUCAUCAACAAUGAGUUUGUGAAGUCCAAGUCCGGCGAGACCAUAAGCUCGACAAACCCCAGUGACGAGAGCGAGAUCACGACCGUGUAUGCCGCCGGGCCCGAAGACGUACACGUUGCGGUUGCGGCAGCUAGGAAGGCUUUCAAGGAUCCCUCGUGGCGGGAUCUUGAUUCCACCGCCCGUGGAGCCAUCCUCUUCAAGUUCGCCGAGCUCAUCGAGCAGCACAGGGAGACACUUGCCGCAAUUGAGACGUGGGAUAACGGAAAACCGUUUUCUGUCUCGCUGAAUGAUGACCUAGGCGAAGUUAUUGGAACUAUCAAGUACUACGCAGGCUAUGCCGACAAAAUCCACGGUCAAGUCAUUGAGACUUCUCCAGCUAAGCUCGCAUACACUAUUCGCGAGCCAUUGGGCGUUUGUGCACAAAUUAUUCCAUGGAACUUCCCAUUGGCGAUGGCAGCUUGGAAAUUGGGCCCCGCCCUGGCCACAGGAAAUACUGUAGUCAUGAAAGCAGCAGAGCAAACACCUCUAUCUAUAUUGUAUCUAGCUACCCUCGUCAAGGAUGCAGGGUUCCCGCCUGGUGUCAUCAACAUCCUCAACGGCGAAGGCCGAAAAGCGGGAGCAGCACUUGCACAGCAUCUUGAUGUUGACAAGAUUGCGUUUACUGGAUCCACGGCAACCGGAAAGGAGAUCAUGAAGAUGGCGGCUGUGAACAUGAAAAAUAUUACCCUAGAGACAGGUGGUAAGUCACCAUUAGUCGUCUUCGAUGACGCCGAUCUCGAUCAAGCCGUCAAGUGGGCACACGUUGGAAUCAUGUACAACCAGGGACAAGUCUGCACGGCCACAUCACGAAUUCUGGUUCAGGAGGGUGUAUACGACAAGUUCAUCGAGGGCUUCAAGAAGCACGUCUCGGAGACGAGCGUGGUUGGCGAUCCCUUCAAGGACGACACCUUCCAGGGCCCUCAGGUCACCAAGACGCAAUUCGAGAGAGUUCUAUCAUACAUUGACGCGGGCAAGAAGGAAGGCGCGACACUUGUGGCGGGCGGAGAGGCAUACAAGAAUGUCGGUGGAAAGGGUUUCUUUGUGUCGCCUACCAUCUUCACCAAUGUCAAGGAUGAUAUGAAGAUUUACCGCGAGGAGGUCUUUGGACCAUUUGUGGUGAUUAGCUCGUUCAAGACUGAGGAGGAAGCGAUCCAAAGGGCCAAUGACACGACAUAUGGACUGGGUGCUGCCGUCUUCACACAGGACAUCACCAAAGGUCACCGUCUUGCGCGCUUGAUCGAGGCCGGUAUGGUCUGGAUCAACUCCAGCAACGAUUCCGACAUACGUGUCCCGUUCGGAGGUGUAAAGCAAAGUGGCAUCGGCCGGGAGUUGGGUGAGGCAGGCCUCGAGGCAUACACAAACAAAAAGGCGGUGCACGUAAACCUCGGCAACAGAUUGUAAAUUAUGUGUGAAUGAUUAUUGCACUGUGUAGGGAGUAGGGCGAGUGUUUGUAGCCUCUACCUCCGUCGAGGCCCAGACUGUCUGCACUGUAUUCCAGAAUGCGGCGUUUUCUGUAGGUAGGCGCAUGACGCACCGGUGCAACGAGGUACAUAGCGCUGGAAUGAGCUGGAAAUCCAAAGCCUCGUCGUCGGGAGCCGAGCCCUUGGGAGGUCUUGGGACUUGGGCGCUAGAUCGUGCAUCGUCUUUGGAUAGAUAUCCGGAGGGGAGUAUAUACCAAAAAGACAACAGACAUCAUUUCGAAUUCGAUACGAG